GAGGAAGAACAUGUCUUGAGGCUGAGCACGCCGCAGCACCGCGUUUGAAAUCUGUCACCCUCACUUAGGAGCUCCGCAUCUCCGCUUGUCACCGGUGAAUAAUGAUCACGCGGCGAUAAGAUCGCGCGGUGGCGGUGCGCCGGAGCUGCCGGGGGAGAAGCAGAGGGAAAUUACAGGCGUUUAACGUUGCGGAGGGGGUUCCUCGGUCAUCGGUGGUUUCAGGGUCAAACGACCGGCUGGACAGAGGCUUGGGAAGUAUAUUUCCUUCCUCCUUUCCUUGAAAGAAAGCUUGGGCGAUGGUGAUCAUCGGCAGCUAUGGAAAGCAGAGACCUUGGUGGUGAUCCUUAAAACAAUACCAUGCCGGCGCCCGGCUGUUCUGCCACUUUCCCCCCUUGCAACCGGCCGGACCCGGUGGGCUUUGGGUGAUUGCAGGAGACCUCCGCAUGAGCAGGACAUGGACCUGGGGGCGAAGCCGCGCGCUACGCACCGGGCCGGGCUGACCUGCGACCCGUCUGCUCGGAACGCCUCUGAAGCUGGGAGUGAGUCAGCCCUCCUCUAGAGAAGGGCGAGGGAGGUGCGGAAACAAUGGCGAGUGAAUCAGCUCCUGAAAGUACGGCUGAGCUAAAAUCUGCUGGGGGCGAGGGGGAAGCACAUCCCGAGGCAUUUCAGUUGCCAUUUCUGUUUCCUGGACACAUGGCAUUGAUCAGCUCUCCUCCAUCCCUUCCCAGCCCCUCUCCCUUAAAGUAACUCGCAGCCAAAGCCACACUAUGCAUUUUCUUUGCUAAUGGAGGAAUUUGAGGCAAAUCCUCACUUCACACCCCACAUCCUACCUUGACGGCUGCAUCCCAUUGCCCGGGUGCUUCUCAGUGUUAAACACUCUCCUACCUGGACUUGUCAGGACAAGGCAGGCCAGAUCCAGCUGAUAGCUGUUAUGAGGACUUUGCUGACUUCAGAAAGCUGAGCAUAACAUCAACAGACUUCAGUGAAAGGAAAUAUUAUCACUCCAAGCAACUUGUACACAGACAACUUUUGGUAGCUUUAAAUUAACUGGUUGCUCACCUACAAGGACACAGCUAUUGUUUCUUUCGGCACAAAUGGAGGAAAGCAACAAGAUUUGUAACCCUGGCUAAUAGGAUUGUGGCUUUCUUAUCAAAAGUAGGAGGUGGGCCAAUUGUAAAAGGAUUAUUUUAUACUUAGCCUGAACACUGGACAUAAACUGAAGCCAAUUUUAAUGACCUGAGAUUUUGCUACUUGUCCUUUAUUAUUGUUAUCAGUUCUUUAACACUUUGAUACUUUCUUUCUUUAAAUUGGACAUGGGUUCCUGGACUAGAAUGUGGCCCUCAGACUGGGCUGUUCUCAUGAAAUCAUGGCUUAUCUUUUCCCUGGGGCUCUACAUGCAGGUCUCCAAAACUUUGGCCUGUCCAAAAGUGUGCCGCUGUGACCGAAACUUUGUCUACUGUAAUGAGCGAAGCUUGACCUCAGUGCCUCUUGGGAUACCAGAGGGUGUAACCGUCCUCUACCUCCAUAAUAACCAAAUUAAUAAUGCUGGAUUUCCUGCAGAGUUGCACAGUGUCCAGUCUGUGCACACAGUCUAUCUGUAUGGCAACCAAUUGGAUGAAUUCCCAAUGAACCUGCCCAAAAAUGUCAGGGUUCUCCACUUGCAGGAAAACAAUAUUCAGACCAUUUCUCGGGCUGCUCUUGCUCAGCUCUUGAAGCUGGAAGAACUGCACCUGGAUGACAACUCCAUCUCCACUGUUGGAGUUGAGGAUGGGGCAUUCCGGGAAGCCAUCAGCCUCAAGCUUCUGUUCUUGUCCAAGAAUCACUUAAGCAGUGUACCAGUAGGCCUUCCAGUGGACUUACAAGAACUUCGAGUAGAUGAAAACCGAAUUGCUGUCAUUUCAGACUUGGCCUUCCAGAAUCUUACAAGUUUGGAGCGUCUGAUUCUGGAUGGCAAUCUGCUUACUAAUAAAGGCAUAGCUGAAGGCACCUUUAGCCACCUCUCCAAGCUCAAGGAAUUCUCUAUAGUGCGUAACUCGCUGACCUAUCCUCCUUCUGAUCUUCCAGGUACACAUCUGCUAAGGCUCUACUUGCAAGACAACCAGAUAACCCAUAUACCACUUACAGCCUUCUCAAAUCUUCACAAACUAGAACGUCUUGAUAUUUCCAACAAUCAGCUUCGUAUGUUGGUAAAGGGUGUAUUUGAUAAUCUCCAUAAUCUGAGGCAACUCACUGUAAGGAAUAAUCCCUGGUUGUGUGACUGCAGUAUUAAGUGGGUCACUGAAUGGCUCAAGUUUAUUCCCUCUUCCAUCAAUGUACGGGGUUUUAUGUGCCAGGGACCAGAGCAGGUCCGAGGUAUGGCAGUCAGGGAGCUUAAUAUGAAUAUGCUGUCAUGCCCCACCACUACCCCUGGUCUGUCACUUAUCAUCACCCCAGUCCCAGCUACAGCCAAGCCAACUACAUUAGUUCCCUCCUCAUCAGUUCCUCCCCCAAGUACUAAGUAUAGUCCUCUGACUCCUAUCAUAGUCACACUCCCCACUGUGCCUGACAGGGAAGACAGAGAAAGGGUAACACCUCCUAUAUCUGAACAAAUUCAGCUCUCUAUCCAUUUUGUGAAUGAUACCUGCAUCCAGGUUAACUGGAUAUCACUUUUUACUGUGAUGGCAUAUAAACUUACAUGGGUUAAAAUGGGGCAUAGUCUGGUAGGAGGAAUUGUUCAGGAACGAAUAGUUAGUGGUGAGAAACAACACUUAAGCUUGGUAAAUCUGGAGCCCAAAUCCACCUAUCGGAUUUGCUUAGUUCCUCUGGAUGCUUAUAAUAAUUACCGAACUGGAGAAGACACUGUCUGUUCAGAAGCCACAACAAAGGCUUCCUUUUCGAGCAAUGGCAGCAACAUUCCCUCCAGCCAUGAGCAGACAACUUCUCAGAACCUGGGCUCCCCAUUUCUGCUUGCAGGUUUAAUUGGGGGUGCAGUGAUAUUUGUGCUCGUGGUCCUGCUCAGCAUUUUUUGCUGGCACAUGCACAAAAAGGGGCGUUACACCUCCCAGAAGUGGAAAUACAAUCGGGGCCGUCGGAAAGAUGACUACUGUGAGGCAGGGACCAAGAAGGACAACUCCAUCCUGGAAAUGACGGAAACCAGCUUCCAGAUUGUGUCCUUAAAUAAUGAUCAGCUCCUUAAAGGAGAUUUCAGACUGCAGCCCAUUUAUACCCCAAAUGGGGGCAUUAACUACACAGACUGCCACAUCCCCAACAACAUACGAUACUGCAAUAGCAAUGUCUCAGACCUGGAACACUGUCAUACGUGAUAGUGAGGGGAGAUGGGGGUGUCAAGAACAAAGAGAAAAAACUCUGGAAAAAGUAACCCUCACAACAAUGAAAAAAUUACAUUUGAUAAAUGUUACACAAAUGCAUUUAUGCAUUUGAAUACUCUGUAAUUUAUACGGUGUACUAUAUAAUGGGAUUUAAAAAGUGCUAUCUUUUCUAUUUCAAGUCAAUUGCAAAUGGUUUUGUAACUCUUUGCUUUUUAAAUCUUAAAAAAAUAUUGCUAAGUACUGUACAGGGUUGUACAAUAAGAACCCAGUGUCAUGGCAAAGGAAAGAAUGAUUCAUUCUUCGAACAUUAACCACUUUGCUGUCGAAGCUGUCUGAGGGAUGUAAGUUCCUAGGUGUCCUGUAAUACAGGAAAAUAAGUGCAUAUUAAAGCAGGGUUACUAGGAACAGCCAAAAGCAAUUCAGAUAAAAUGGGUAAAACCCAUUUGGCUCAAAUCCAGCAGUUGCUGUUGAGCUUCAAACAAUUUGAAAUAUUUCUGUUCCCCUUUGUCAGUUCUGUAUUUCCUACCUCCAACUCAAAGCUGGAGUUCUGACUGCUACCAAAAAGGCUAUUUCUUAUUUGAUUAUUUUUCCCCAAUAUACUUGGAAAGGUAGACAGAACUCAGUGUCAAACUUGAAGUGACCUUGAUUCCUAUUUGCAAAAGCUAUUCUGAAAAUGUCCCCCGAUGCCAUGCAUUUUUAUGUUAGAAAUGGUUCCUGCCUUUCAUUAUGAUUAAGAAGCUUCAAGAAUUCUUUGACCCUUCUCAGUGGGAGAUGAAGGUUAUCAGUAUGUAACAGAUAGUUUUUAUUAGAUUGCACCUCUUGUUAAUAGAGCAGCAUUUGUUGACACAGCACGUUCAGGUAAAACCUGAACAAGGAUAACUCUAAGUGCUCCCAACUGUGUGGUAUUCAUGUAGAACUUACAGUCUAAAAGUGGAAAUUGUUGAAAACAUGUUGCAAAACAUAACGUCAGUGGAAAGGUUGCCACUGGCUUUUAUGGUUCAAGCUCUGUUUGAUUUAGCAGUUUGAGUUACAUUCAGUAUUGAGUAAGAAAAAGAUAAAAACAAUCAACAAAAGAAAGUAAGCAUGAAAUAUCUUUUUAAAUUUUUUUUAGUUAAUUUAUUACUGAAAAGACCUCCGGGCCUAUUGUGAACUGAAAUAUGUACAGCAGGGAAAAUCGUGAAUAAAUUCAGGGUUGUUUUUUUGUUUUUUUGUUUUUUGUUUUCCAUUCAGGUGAACAGAGGUGGAUAUUAAUUGUGGAAUUUUGAGAGCACAAGUACACUGUUUCUCCAAAUUACCCUUCUUUUAUCUUAAGCUUUUUAAAUUUUCCACAGUGAUCUGUAUUUGAAAAUCAGCAGGUGGGCAUAGAAUUUGUUCCUUUGUUCCCUCAAAUUCUUUAGCUGGAAUCACUUCUGAGUGAUGCAUUAUGUGAAGCAUCAUGCUUGUAUGAAAAUUAUGAUGCUGUUCUCAAAAUUAGACUAUGUUCCAACAACUCCAACUCCACUGACUCUAUGCCUGCCAAGAACCCUGGAUUUCUUGCCAACUUAGUGGUGGAAUUCACUUCUUCCUUUUUUUUUUCUUUUGUUAUAUGUGACUUAUUUUCUCCUGAGCUUGGGGACAAGCAAAAGUUCAGCAAGGAGAAGAAAGAGAAGUUUUUUUUGUUCUUUUUUUUGAUGGAGUAGGCAACAAAAGUUGUUUUUUGUUUGUUUUUUUCAGUGACUAUCUAGGGACAAAGAGGUGAAUCAGAAAUAAAAGCUGGAGCACUUUUGCUGUGCAAUGCUUAGACUUUUCAUUUUAUUAUGAUGCUGUUUAUGUUGGGAGAGAAGGUUUUAAUCCUUUCCUUUGCUCAUUUCAGUCAACCUGUUCUUGAAACCCAGCAGUUUAUGAGUGUGCAUUUUCUCAAAUUCAAAUUGCAUGAUAACAUUCAUUUUCUGCAAAUACAAAAUGAAUCCAGUUAUGAUCGAUGGCAAAGUACAAUCAUUAUAUAUGGAACUGCAUCUUCACCCUCACACUUUUUAUAACUGCAGUUUGAAAUUCCACUCUAUAUUCUGUAUAUUUGUUAUUUUCUCCAGCUAUAACAGGUAUUUUAGGCAACCUGUGUGGCUACUGUAAUAGUAAAGUCACUGAAAUUUUGCUGAAUAAAAGGCUGCCAUAUGAUUUCUAAUGGUGUAAUUCUAGAUAGAAAUGUCUAUGCAAAGUCUUUUAUCUAUGACCUAUUUGUUCAAGAUUAUGAUGAGAAGGUUGAUACUUUUGGUUUGUUUUAUAUAUUUUAGUUGCCAAAGCCCAAAAGACAAGCAGCAAAUAGUUGUGCUUCUGCACGCUUCCAUUGCAUGAUGGACACAUAACAGUUUCAGAUUAAGUAGAGACUGAGAUUCCUUUUGGGUGUGGAUGUAGCAUAUAAUUUCGCUGAAAUAACAAGCUGUAUGUUUGAUUUCAAAAGGCAUCUUUUGAAUGUUUGCACAUGCUAGCUUUUCAUACUUCAGUGACUAUGCUAGAGGAGUCUUUAUCCUCCUUUUUGAACAUCUUUUGUUGUAGGCCUCAGGAUACCAUAGUUUUAGGAUGAGCUAGGCGCCUUACUUGUAGCAAAUUUCUUAUUCAGGGAAUUUGGCUUUCCUCUAAGUGAAAUAUCACAAGCCCAAAAUGAAGACAACAAAUGUGGUUACUCUUCUAAUAAGAUAGAAAUUGGAGACAUUCAUAAAAUGGGUGGUUUGAUCCCAGAUGAUGAAAUGCAUAUAUAUGUGUGCAGAGUAUAACUGGUUUACCUAGAUAAAGAAUCAAAGUAAUAUUAAAGAUAGUAUAUUUAAGCUUCUUUUCUGUUUGAAGACAAUAUGAAUUGAUAAAGGAUACUGAGAAAGAUUCUUUUCAUUAAGAAUUAAUGAAUUCUUAAUGAAAUUAGGAAUUAAUUCCAUUAAUCUUUUUCAGAAAAAAAUCAGAAAGCUACUUACAACAAAAUUCAAAGAUAGCCAUGGGAGAACUAUCUAAACAAAUUCACACUUGUAGUCUUAAUAAUCUAAAAAGACAUACAUCGGUUUUGAAGAGUGUUUCUUCCUAAUGAAAUUGCUUUCCAACUGCAAAACAAUUCGUGUAUUUCAGCCUACAGCAGAGUUUGGGAAUUUUGAAAGUGUUAGUCACACAGGCUACUGAGGCUUCAUUUUUUAUCAUCUGGAUAAGAAUAUUGAGGAGUUUUUAUUAGAUUUGGAAAAAAAAAAUCCGAGUUAAAAGUGGACAGUGAUCUUUUGGAGAUAUAAAGUUUAAUAUCAGUAACCUUUUUACUUGGGCUUGUGAAAAUGGGGCCAUCUUCACUUAGUAGAAAUGUCUGACUACAGAUGCUAGUUAAGGGAACCAUGGAACAGAAGUCCCAAAUGUGUGCACAUAGAACUCUUUAGAAACUCAAAAGUGAUGAAUUCUUGAUCCUUAUUUGAAAAUGUUCGUUGAAUGUGGGGACAAAUGAAUGGUUACAGACAACAUCUCACCCAUCAUCCAUUGUAAACUGCUAAGAACUGACCUAAGUGUACAGAUAAGAUUGAUGAGUGGAAUAAAAAAAAGAGUUUAUGUGAAAUUAUCUUAAACUGGUAUCACAACACAACUUUGUUCAGUGCUACAGUUCCUUUUGAAGAUUUAUUUAUUUACAGGUCCUUGUUUUCAUAGAUUCUGUCAUUAUAACAAAUGUUCCUUGCAUGUAGCUUCUUAGCAAAAAAAAAAAAAAAAAAAAAAAAUCCAUCUGAUGAAUGCAUGGACUUUUCGUUAAAAAGUUUUUACUGGAAACACUAUUAUUGAAUUCCUUCAUAAGAAUAUUUUGACAUUGGUUUACUGGACUUCAAAUAUUAGCAAUUUUUCCUGUUAAGCCAAUAAAGAAAUACAAUGAAUGUGAUGUUAAAAGAAAAAUUAAAUAGCUUAUGCUAUUUUCUACUAGAGUAGUUCAGCUAUAUUUUUUCUCUCAGUCAUUUUCUCUUUUGAAGAGAGAAAAUUUCUUCCUCUAAGAAAAGUAUUGAUUUUAAUUUUACAAGGAAAAUAACUUUAUGCAUAUUAUAUUGUUAAGAAGUUAAGGGUCUACAUAAGGCACUUUAGUGAUGAUACUGAAAGGAAAGUUGUCUCAGAUUUUGACAGUGAAGUGGUUAAUUCCUGUCUAUAGUACUUCUUCACCAUGAAUUAUAACAUGGAGAUAUUAAUUUUACUUUUUUUUUUCUUUAGAACAUGAGAAUAAUGGUUCUACUCAGCGGGAAAACAAACAAAUGACAAAAAAAAAAAAAAAAAAAAAAAAACCAGGAAAGAAAUGAGUGCAAAACCCAGGUAUUACUGGCUUUAAGCCUCAUUAAAUAAUGCCUGGUGCUCUCUUCCAAACGCAGAGAUAAUCCUAGGAAGCUGAUGAUCAUUCCUUCCCUGAACUCUACUGAACUGGGCACUCUCUAUCUCAAAUGAUAAUACAGGCAGUAUCAAACUAUUUGGCAUUAAACUUAAGUACAGCAUAGAAUGCCUUGGUCUUUAAAAGAACACUGGCUAGUAGUCCUUCUGCAAAACUAGUCCAAAAGCGAUCUGACAAGCUUUUAUUAUACUGGGACUAUGUAGGAAUUGUAUCCGAUGACAACUGACUGCUGAUCCUUUCAGAAACAAGCCACUAAAUAAAUUGUUAUGAUCACUUGGUCCCAAAUAUCUGAAGAUGAUCUUUCAAAAAACUGAUUUUAACUGGGACGUGCAUACAUGAUUCUGUUCUGUGUUUGGUAUAUUUUCUAUCUUUAACAUAGAAAAUCAGAUGAUUUGAAGUCUGCAUUAUCUGUUUUCUGCAAUAUGCCAUGUUGCACGCAUUGUUAACUUCAAAACCUUGCUAUACGCUAUAUAUUAUCUUGUUGACAUAUUCAGUAAAAAGUUAUUUAAAAACAAUAACAUCAAUCCUGCUGUAUUUAUAUGAACAAGCUGAUUAAAAUUAGAAUGUGAACAUCUGAGAGAGAAAAACAGAAAAACAAAAAUUAUGUUCUUUCAUUCCUGGAAUAUUUUUUCAAGUGUUUUACUGUAUGCCUAUGCUUUUCAGAUGCUAAAGGAUGAACAUUUUUAUCUUCUGUCUAUCAAAAAGAGUUAAAUCAUUUAUUACUUCAAUUUCUCAGAUUUAAUGGUUAUAGGGUUAUCUCAUUUUGAUAUGCAUAUAAGAAAUCAGUGUAAAGAACAAAUUGUAAUCCAGUAUUUGCCAUUAAUGGGUACAGUUAAGCAACUAUUAUACAUGUAUAACAAAUACCUACAUGUUGAAGCCAGGACCCAUUAUAUGGAUAAGUCAUUCAAUGCACUUGACAUUCAUCCGUGACAGUCUUAAACCUGUAUUAUACCUAUUUAUUCUUUCCUUGAAAUGAAAUGUGAUUUUCUUUCCAAUUCUCCCUUCAAAAUUUUUCUUGAAUUUUCAGAAUUUUUCAGACAUAAGCCUUAAUAAAUUGUUGUAUAUCUACUACCUAAUACAUUUGGCAGUAUAUGCAGCGUGUAUAAAGAUAUGCUUUAGAUACAUGGGAAAGAAUAGUUACAUAUACAGUAACUAAAUUCUGACUUGGCCAGAACCUGAAAUAUUGAACUUUACAGGCUGUGUCGCUUUAGAGUUUAGGAGUGAGACAUUGACAAAUGUCAAAAUUCCUCAGCGAAUUAUCUCAUUCUCUGUCUUAGCCCCGAAAGACCACUUUGGAGCAAUGAUUUUGUUUUCCCUUCUUCAAAAAGAAAAAAAAAAGAAGAAAAGUAAGGCAAAAAAGAAAAAAAUAAAAAUAAUAAAAAAAAAGAAAACCACUGGCUGCCUCAACAGUUAAUAUUUUAGUAGCCCACAGUGAUUUCUCUUAGUAGGGAACAAUAAUUAUAUAUAUUUACUUCUAAGCUCAGUUAUCUGAGUUUAUGAGUCUAUUGUGCUUUAGUUCCAAGGGUUUUCCCAGGGAUUUAGCCUCAAGGAACUCUCAAAGUAAGUACAAGGAAGAGUAUUUUUCAAUAAUUUUCAGUCAAUAUUCAGUAUUUCACUUUAAAAUGAAUACUUCUAUAUAAGAAACGGAGUGCCGCCAUAAGGAAAGAUUGUGUUUAGUCAUAAAAGUAUGAAAUAAAUCUUUUUGUUCCACUUGAAACUCCACUGUCAAUGAAGACUUAAAUUAAGAACCACUAAAAUAAUUUUAUUACAUGGGUAGGAAUGUGAAAAUUCAACAAUAAUUUGCAAUCUUAAAACAAGCUAGAACACUUACAGUGAAAUCCUGGCUGCAGUGAUUUCAAUUAUAAUCCAAAUAUUUAUAGGAAUAAAACAUAUAUCAGAAAGAUUAUUAAAAACACCCAGUAUGACACACUAUAUAAUAUUACACUGAAUGGUGUCCUCAUAUGAAAUAACCAAGUAAAACAGUAGACCUAAGCUUUAUAAACUUGAUAUCUGUUUUGAAAAAGUAGUGGUGCUAUGAAAUGCAAAUACUUCACAGAAACCGAGGUAAGAUAAUAAUAUAAAACAGAACAAUGUUCAUUCCAAAGAUACAGAAAAUAUUAGCUUUUAAAAUUCACAGAGGUCACUGAGCAUGGCAAGAAGGUUUUUUACAUACAAUUAUGCAUAUUUUCUGCUUAGAACUCCAUACAUAAGGUAACAUGGAACUGCAAAAAUGCAUGCAUGAAUUUGCAUUGAAAGUUUUAUUCAUUAAAAGCUUGUAUUAUAGAUACACUUAUGGGCAUCUCGUGUAGAGUAAGAACAGUCUUGACCUGUGCACUGGGUCUAUUCAAAUGUGGAAAGCAGACAGAAGAACAAAAGUUAUGCUGAUUACACUAUACUGUUUUUCUAAGUGUAGAAUACCUUGAAAAAUGAAGAUGUAUAAACUGUUAUGGAAAAUCCGACUCAAACUGGUGUGUUUACAGCUUUAACGUUUUCUGCGCAAAAGCAAGAUGUUUCUGUGGUGAAUAAUAGUCCAAGUCAUAAAGUGAAUGUGACUAUUCUUAAAAAGCACAAUUACCAGAAAUAUACAAUGAAAACGUUGUAUUCCUCAACUGAAAUAAUUAUUUUUACUCUUAUAAAUUUUGAGCAGGUAAUCACACAUAUAAAGAAAAUUCUUUGUGAUAGGUAUUUGAAGAAUAUAUUUAAAGAAUGAAAUGACGUAAUUUUUAUACUUUAAAACAAAAUGCUGAUAAAGGAAAAACAUUAUUUUCUCUGAAGAUGACAUAUAGUAGUAAUGAUAUACAGAAAACAGUGAUAAUCCCCUUUAUCGACAUUUUUUGGACAUCAGAAAAGACUCAUAUGCCCUUUAACAUAAUUUUAUAUUUCCUCUGCAAUUUCUCAGACUUUUUAGAUCAGAUCAUCUUCUAAUAAAUAUACGAUAUUCCAAAACAAUUAAAUCCUCAGAAAUGCCUACAAUCCUUUUAAAUGAAUAGAUUCAAGAAAAUGCAAUAAAAUUCCUAUUUACAGGAAAUUCACAAUGCUUUCUCAAAACUUCAGUAGUAUUUGAAAAGAUGACUAACAAACUAGAAUAGCUUUAUAUUUCUAGUUAUAAGGCCUUCCAAAUUUCUAACCCACCCACCUGAAUUUAAAGCUUUGGCUUGGCCUUAAAGUCACAUGAUUUAAAUGACAGUCUUGUCAGGCUAAUCUCAUAUGUCUUCACAAACUGGCUUGAGCAUUCACAGUUCAGAAACCAAUGUGUAAUUCAUUGUUCUCUGACUUACAGUGCAAGUGUUAAGAAUUUUCCUGAUUAAAGAAACAUAUUAAGAAAA